AUGACCGAUAACUCUAACAAUGGAAACGCUCCAGCUUCUUCUGUAAACGCUGGAUCUCAGACUGCUCGUUCAGCUUAUAUUCCUCCUCAUCGCGCCAACGGCCAGGCUGAAGGCGGAAAUGAUUACAACAAUGGUAAUGGCUACCAAAAGCGCUAUAACAACUAUGGUAAUGGCGGCUACAAUAAUGGUGGCUACAAUAAUGGUGGUUACAAUAAUGGUGGCUACAAUAGAAACUACGGUGGCAACCGAUUUGGUAACAACGGUGGUUACAAUGGUGGCUAUAACAGAAACUACGGUGGCAAUAAUUACCGUGGAAAUGGUCGUUUUGGCGGCAGAGACAACAGAGGCAACAGCGGCCGUUUUGUUGAUGGCAAGCACAUUCCUGCUGAAGCUGAUGCCCAGCUUGAAAUUGAGAUCUUUGGUACCGCCGAGGAUCCCAAUUUCCAAUCCACUGGUAUCAACUUUGAUAACUAUGAUGAAAUCCCUGUUGAGGCCACUGGUAAUGAUGUUCCUGAACCUAUUACCUCCUUUGGUCCUCCUCUUGAGAGCCACCUUAUUGAGAACAUCAACUUGGCCAGAUACACCAGACCUACCCCUGUCCAAAAGUACUCUAUCCCUAUUGUUGCCAAUGGUAGAGACUUGAUGGCCUGUGCCCAAACUGGUUCUGGUAAGACUGGCGGUUUCCUUUUCCCCAUUCUCUCAGAAUCCUUCUUGAAGGGCCCUGCUCCUAUCCCUCCUCAACAGUACCCCCAUGCCAGAACUGGCUACCCUACAUCUCUUGUCUUGGCCCCUACUCGUGAGUUGGUGUCCCAGAUUUACGAUGAGGCUAGAAAGUUUGCUUACAGAUCAUGGGUUCGCCCCUGUGUCGUCUACGGUGGCGCUGAUAUCAACACUCAAAUCCGUCAAAUUGAGCGUGGUUGCGACCUUCUUGUCGCCACUCCUGGUCGUCUUGUCGAUCUUCUGGAGAGAGGUAGAAUCUCUCUUGAGAAUAUCAAGUACCUUGUUCUUGAUGAGGCUGAUCGUAUGCUUGAUAUGGGUUUUGAACCUCAAAUUAGACGUAUUGUUGAAGGCGAAAACAUGCCUGGUGUUCAAGACAGACAAACUCUCAUGUUUUCUGCCACCUUCCCCCGUGAUAUUCAGAUGCUUGCCCGCGACUUUUUGAAGGAUUACAUUUUCCUUUCUGUUGGUCGUGUUGGUUCUACUUCUGAAAACAUUACUCAGCGUGUCGUUUAUGUUGAGGAUGACGAGAAGAAGUCUGCCCUUUUGGACAUUUUGUCUUCUUCAGAUCAAGGUCUUACUCUUGUCUUUGUCGAGACAAAGCGUAUGGCUGAUCAGCUUUGCGACUUCCUUAUCUACCAGAAGUUCUCAGCUGCUGCCAUUCACGGUGACAGAACUCAGCGUGAGCGUGAACGUGCUUUGGAAACUUUCCGCAGCGGUAAAACCCCCAUUUUGGUUGCCACUGCUGUUGCCGCUAGAGGUUUGGAUAUUCCCAAUGUCAAGCACGUUAUCAACUAUGAUCUCCCCACUGACAUUGACGACUAUGUUCACCGCAUUGGUCGUACUGGUCGUGCCGGUAACGUUGGUACUGCCACUGCUUUCUUCAACCGCAAUAACAAGAAUGUUGUUCGUGACUUGAUUGACAUUCUUAAGGAAGCCAACCAAGAGGUUCCCGGAUUUUUGGAGUCUGUUGCUCGCGAGAGCUCUUAUGGCAAGUCCAGAGGUAGCAACCGCAGCCGCACCAGUGCCAGCCAUGAUUACCGCAAAUACAAUGGUGGUCUUGACAGAUAUGCUGGCAGCGUUCAUCAUGAACGUCACCAGAACUUGACUAACACCAGCACCAACACCAACACCAAUGCCAACCCCACUAACAACAAUACUAACCAUGGCUACGGUAAUCAGGGUAGCUCUUAUGGCUAUGGUGGCUGGUAA